UUUUUUUUAGUAUGUACUACUUUGAGCUUGUCCUUUUUCAAAUUUAUUUUGCAGUAUUGCAGUUGGUUUAUAGUUGUAAAUAAUAUAUAGAUUAUAUUAUUUGUUAUAUUGUAUAAAUCUAUAUAAAAUAAUAUUUUUCUUUCUUAUUUGUAUAGUAAUAACAGAAGUCGAUAUCUUUUCAAAAUUAACUUGUGAAGGUACAAAAACGGAUAUAGAUUGUGGGGUUGGAUAUGUUAUUUCUAUUCAAAAAGCCUCAUUUGGAAGGAAUAUAAUGGUUAAUAAAAACAAGUGUCAUCCACAAAAUAAAGAAUAUAUAGAAAUGAGUUGUAUGAAAGACGCAACUAACGCUAUGAGAAAUCUAUGUGAUAGAAGACAAAGUUGCGAUGAAUUAAUAAAUAGGAGAUUGUUUAAUCGAUCUAAAUGGCUAACUAAUCAUCGUUGUCCCGAAGAUCAUUAUUUAAAUCCCUUUAAAGAUGUUCAAGAGUCACUUGCUUGUGAGAAUAAUCAUCUAAUGAUUUACUGCCCUGACUAUCAUUAUCUUAAUCUCGUCUCGGUUGUAUUCGGAAGAGUUGAAAUUGAUAAAUGUAUGACAAAGAGUGAUACGCCGAUAUCAAGUCAAGAAUUUAGCCCUUGUGGCUCCGAUACAAAGAAAAUUUGGGAAAUUGUAGGUAAAAAAUGCCAAGGAGAGGAAUGGUGUAGGAUAAAAGCUAGUAGAGAUACUUUGAACUCUUGGACAAUUAGAGCUCAUGGUGGAACAGCCACUGCUUGUUAUAAUAAUGCAAAACAAAUAAAAUGCAAUAGAAGAGAGAUGUCAAUUACUGUAAUUAAUUCGUAUUUCGCUAGAUUCACUGAAAGUGACCCUUUUUGCGAACCAAAAGGCAUUAAAAACUUUUAUAAACCAUGCCAAGCUAAUUCGAACUUUACACUGAUGAAGAUAAAUGAACUUUGCAGCAUGAAAUCAACUUGUGGUCUGGAAAAUUUCGGUGAAUUCGAUAAGGGAUUUCCCGAGUUCAGUAUGCAUAAAUUCCGCAAAUGUACGAUAAGAGAUAAACCUUUCUUAACGGUCGAUUACCUUUGUAGUUAUGUUUUCAUGUUAAAUAUAUGUUUUAACAAAGUAAGGAAAGUUAAAUGUCCCAAAGAUCAAGUAAUUCGAUUAAAUUUCGCUACAUUUGGCCGACAUCGCCUAAAGACGUGUAAUCCUUAUGAAAAUCUUGCGCAAGAUCUGCAAGAUUAUGAAGAUUUAUCCAUUUUUGAGCGUCACUGCGAAACGAAUACAACGGAAAUAAGUCAAAUUGUUAGCGAACAAUGCGAAGGAAAGAAUUCUUGCGUCCUUAAAGCAUCUUUAAACGAAUAUAGUAGAAACAAUAUAUUAGGACGGGAUCAUAAAAAGUGUACAUCUGCUAUACGCCCCUAUCUCUUCGUUAAAUAUACUUGCGAAAGUUUUUAG